CUACUGUCCCGGGUGUCCCCUGCUGUCCCGGUGUGUCCCCUACCCAGCGCCCCGGGGCUGGACGGACGGGGCACACGGGGAGGGCGGCACCGGGGGCCGGUACAGACCGGGGGAUCGGCCGUUCCGGCGGCCGGGAGCCCGUGCUCGGUGCCAGCCGGGCCGGUGCCAGGCGGGCCAGGGACAGUCGGUGCCAGCCGAGCCGGUGCCAGGCGGGCGGGCGUGCGCAGGGACCGCCCCGCUCCGCCUGCGACCGAGCGGCGGCGGUGCCGCGGCCGCACCGGGGCCCUGGGCGGGACCGGCUCUGCUCGGGGUCACCAUCCCCUGCCCGGGAUCAUCCCCUGCCUGGGACCAUCCCCUGCCCGGGACCAUCCCCUGCCCGGGACCAUCCCCCGCCCGGGAUCCCGCCCGGUACAGCCGCGGUGUCACCGCCCGCAGCGGCGGCAGCGGGGCCGGGCACGGCGAGCUGCGCAACGCCGCCCGCUCGGCAGGGAUGGCAAGCGCAGAGCCGGGCGCUGGGGAGGCGGCUGAGGCUGCAGAGGCCGGGUACGAGGUGAUGUCGUGUGACAGGACGGAGCAGAGCCAGCGGCUGGCCCUGGAGGAGCUCAUCAGCACUGAGGCCAGCUACGUCCACAACCUGCAGCUGUGCGUGUGUGACAUCCGGGCACACCUCCGGGACAAGCAGCUGCCCGGACUGGACCUGGAAGGACUCUUCUCUAACACCGAUGACAUCCUCCACGUCUCCAGACGGUUUCUGAAGGGGCUGGAGGCCACAGCCGGCCAGGGGCAGGAGCAGCUGCUCUGCAUCAGCACGCUGUUCCAGGAGUUCAAGGAGGAGAUGGAGACUGUCUACAAGACCUACUGUGCCAGCUAUGACCAUGCCCUGCAGCUGGUGGAGAGCUACCGCAGGGACCCCCGGCUGCAGGAGGAGAUCCUGGCCACCCUGAAUGCCACCGUGCCUCACACGGGUGCCUCAGACCUCAGCUUCUUCCUGGUGAUGCCCGUGCAGAGGGUCACCAAAUACCCUCUGCUGCUGGGGAAGAUCCUGGAGAACACCCCGAGCAGUUCCAGUGCCCACUCAGCCCUGCAGGCAGCGGCUCGUGCCAUGGCCCAGGUCAAUGCCAACAUCAACGAGCACAAACGGCGCAGGGAAGUGGCAAGCAAAUACAACAAGGCCGAGCAGCUGACGCUGCGGGACCGCCUGGCGCGCCUCAACACCCACUCCAUCGCCAAGAAAACCACGCGCUUCAGCCGGCUCCUCAUGCACGAGACUGGCAUCGUGGCCAAGACUGAGGACAAGGAAUAUGACGACCUGGAAGAGAAGUUCCAGUGUGUGGCGUCCGCUGUGGCCACGCUGAAGGAGAACGUGGCAUCCUACCUGGGCCACUUGCAGGCGUUCCUGCUGCCCAGCCUGCACCAGCCUGACCUGCAGAUGGAGCAGGGACCUGCCCAGCAGCAUCGCCGCCUCUCCGAGCUCCUCCAGAGCACCGUUUUCCCCGAGUUUAAGCAGCGUGUGGACAGGCUGGUGUGGCAGCCCCUCUGCAGCCUCUCAGACACGCUGGAGGGGCCCCAGCAGUUGGUCAAGAAGCGCCUGGACAAGCUGCUGGACUACGAGAAGAUCCAGGAGAGGAAGAGCGAGGUGGGCAGCGUGAGCUACGAGGAGGAGGCAGCCAUGAACACCUACCUGGCCAUCAAUGACCUGCUGGUGGCCGAGCUCCCCCAGUUCAACCAGGUGGCCGUGCAGCUCCUGGGGCAGAUCCUGCGCUCCUUCAGCGCCCUGCAGCUGGACUUGGCCGCCCAGGUCCUGCACCACGCAGAAAAGGAGCUGGAGCAGCUGCCCCAUGGCCACAUGCCCCUGCCCAGCUUCUGGAAGGUGGUGGAGGACAGCCUGCAGCAGUCGGGGGCUCAGCUCCGUGCCUUCUGCCAGGCCUUUGAGACCGUCACACCCAGCCCUGGCACACAGCAGCCUCUGACCCCUGCUGAGGAGAGGAAGGUCCUUUCCCUCGUGAGCAAGCACGGCCCAGACAAGCUUUACCAAGUGACCAGCAACAUCAGUGGCAGCAGGGACCUGGACCUGACACUGCUGAGGGGACAGAUCGUGGCUCUGCUGCAGAGCGCCGACACCAAGGGCAACACGAGCAGGUGGCUGGUGGAUGCUGGAGGUCCCCGAGGGUUUGUUCCUGCUGCCAAACUCCGGCCCUACAGCCCUGUCCAAGUGCAGCAGCCCGUGAUGCAGCUGCUGGGCCUGGACGGUGGCACUGAGGGGAGGAGACAUUCCUGUGCAUCCCCUGAAGCUCCCAGGCCACAGGUGGCCACCUUCACCCCAACAUUCCAGGUGGUCGCCGGCUUCUCCUUCUCCGCCCGGAGGCCGCAGGAGCUGAGCCUGCAGGCGGGGCAGCCCGUGGUGCUGCUGGAGCCCCACGACAAGAAGGGCAGCACGGAGUGGAGCCUGGUGGAGGUGAACGGCCAGAGGGGUUACGUGCCCUCCAGCUACCUGGUGACCGUCCCCGUGCAGGACCCCGCGGGCUGGAGCUUGCCCGUGUGAGCGUGGCAGCCCCAGCAAGGGCAAGGGUGGCAGCUUGGCACCCCAGGACACCUCACAGGAGAUGCUGGAGGGAGGCAGCCCCCGGCUGGGAAGGUGGUGGGACAAAGCCCAGGGAUGUGGGCAUGAGGAUGGCACUUGGGAGGCGCCUUUGGACGGGAGGUGUGAGGGUGCCAGGUCCCGUGUGUGUGUUGGCACAAAGCAAAGCAGCACCAGGGAGUGAGUGAGGGCAGGGGGCUGCAGUUAUCCAGGGAUGUGCUGAAAUCGCUGCAAGUGGCAAAUGUGUCUUGGGGGGAUGAGGCAGCGUCGUCCCUGGUUAGAGCAGGACUGAGCAGCAAAGUGCAGCUCUGCAGAGGGGUCCUCAGCCAGGCAGGGGGCACUCGGACACUGGGCACUGAGCACCUGGGCACUGGGGCACUGGGCACCUGAGCACAGGAGAAUUUGGCUACCUGGGCACCUGAGAAUUUGGCUACUUGGACACCCAAGUGCCUGAGAAUUUGGCUACUUGGGCACCUGAGUAUCUGAGAAACUGGGCACCUGAGUGCCUGAGCCUUGGGCACUGGGCAGAUGGGCACUGGGCACCUGAGUACAGGAGAAUUUGGCUACCUGGGCACCUGAGAAAUUGAGCACCUGGGUACCUGAGAAUUUGGCUUCCUGGGUACCUCAAUACCUGAGAAACUGGGCACUUGGGCACCUGAGAAUUUGGCUACCGGGGCACCUGAGUGCCUGAGCCUUGGGCACUGGGCAGAUGGGCACUGGGCACUUGAGUACCUGAGAAAUUGACUACCUGGGCACCUGAGUACCUGAGAAACUGGGCACCUGGGCACCUGGGCACCUGAGCAUUUGGCUACCUGGGCACUGAGGAUUUGGCUGCCUGGGCACCGAGGAUUUGGUUGCCUGGGUUCUCAGGCUUUGUCUGCCUGGGCACUGAGGAUUUGGCUGCCCUGGCACUGAGGAUUUCGCCGGCAGAGGGAGCCCCGCGCCCGCUCCCGGACCGUGGGGACACCGGGACCGCGGGGACACCGGGACCGCGGGGACACCGGGACCGCCGCUCCGGUAUCCCGAGUGCCCCUGCCACCCUCACAGACCCCCGGCGGGGUGGCGCAGGUCCCACGGAAGAGGUUUUUUUGGAUAAUCAAUCCGUGUUGGUCCUGACCUAAGGCUCGGUUUGGGAACGGAGAAUUUGGCUACCUGGGCACCUGAGAAUUUGGCUACUUGGACAUCCAAGUGCCUGAGACUUUGGCUACUUGGGCACCUGAGUAUCUGAGAAACUGGGCACCUGAGUGCCUGAGCCUUGGGCACUGGGCAGAUGGGUACUGGGCACCUGAGUACAGGAGAAUUUGGCUACCUGGGCACCUGAGAAUUUGGCUACCUGGGCACCUGAGAAAUUGAGCACCUGGGUACCUGAGGAUUUGGCUUCCUGGGUACCUCAGUACCUGAGAAACUGGGCACUUAGGCACCUGAGAAUUUGGCUACCCGAGGUAUCCGUGCCUCAGUUUCCCCGUGGUUGCACUGUUAGGAGAUGCUGGUGGGGCUGAGCUGGGCAGCGCUGCCCCGGUGCCAUCGGGAGCCCGCGGGACUGGCACCGCACGCUGCCCAUCCCUCCCCGGGCCAGCGGAGCACCCGGCUGGCGUCGCCCCGGCUGCCCUGGGCGCCUGGCACUGCCCACAUCAGAGGUGCCCGUGCCGGCUGGCGAGCUCUGGCAUGCCCUGUGCCCUGCCCUGCCCUGCCGUGCCCGGGGGCAGCAGCACGCCCGGCCACCCACGGGCCACCCACGGGCUCCCCAGUGCGGCCGUGGCUGCGGGCUGGGCAGCGGGGCAGGGCUGGCACGUCCUCACCCAACCCUGAGCAGGUGCCAGGCGGGUGGGGACAGCGCCAGGCACUGCCCUGUGCAUCCCCCGUGUGGGGCUGGGGCUGUUUGGGGCAGAGUGGGGCUCACCCUCCUUUUAGAUGUACCUGGGGGGUCGCUGGGGGGCAGCCACCUCUGCCCAGGUGCCUUUGAAAUGCUCAUCUAGACAAAACCUGGGAGGGGACAGCAGUGCCAGAGCUGGGGACAUGCCCUGGGGGUGCUGCCAGCCUGGGGAAAGGCUGGUGGGUUCCUCAGCAAGGGGAAAUGAGGAGGCUGGGGACGAGGGUCGUUGGGCAGGGACUGUGUGUCUGUGCUUGCCCACCCAGCCCAGGAGCCACCACAGGGUUCACCCCUCCAGCUCCCUGCUGGUGGCUCCUCUGGAUUUUUCCAUCCCUGAUCAAAUCCCAUCAGGUCACCUUGGUGCCAGCUCGGUGGGUGCAGCAGCCACCAGCCCUGUGCCAGGCCAUGGUGGCAGCAGGGCAGGGCUGGGCUGGGCAGGGCAGGGCUGGGCAUCAGCAGGAGGAGGGAAAUGAGUUCCUGUGGCUCCUCCAACCUCUGGGUGCCCAGGGCUGAGCUGGGCUCUGCUGUCCCCCAGUGCUGCUGCCAGCCUCGAUGGCCAGGGGACCUUUCCAGGGGUCUGUCCCCAGGACAGGACGUGGGUGCCCAUCCCUCCCUUUGCCCGUGAAUUGCUGCCCUGGGCCUGGAAGUGCCCUCUCGGAGUCACGGGAGGGCAUGGGGCACUUCCAGCCCAACCGGGGGGGGGGGGGGGGGAUAAAGGGCACAAGAGUGCCUUUAAAUAGCCUGUCAAGGACAGGCUCUCUCGGCAGGAAUGCUCUGGCUGGCCCGCUGGAACAUGCCUGUGCCUGGGGGCACGGGGGGACAGCCGGGCAGGGUGGCAGUUCGCCAGGAGCCCGGGUCAAGGUUAGGCACGGCCCUGGCCUGGUGCCACCGUGCCACGGCUUGGCACCGGGGAACAGAGCUGUGCAAACAGGGAAAUGAAUGCCAGGCCAGGGGUUUGCCGUGCCCAGGGCUGAUCUGGGGGUGGCAGCGGGGCCAGGCAGCCGCUGCUGCCCGCACGGGAUUUGGCCAGAGCCACCUCCGGGGCAGCUCUGGUUGUCCUGGCACGGCCCCGGCGCUCCUGUCCGGGCUGAUUCAUCUCCUGGACGUGCAGGGAUUUGGAUAUUGUCCACCCAUGGGGUGUGACAGCGCCCAGCCGUGUCCCCAGGGCGUGGGUGCCAGCCCGGCCACGCGCCGGGGACAGGACGGGGCAGCUGCAUGUGCCCGCUGCUCCCUGGGGACACCAAACGCAUCCCAGGUGAGAUCCCGGGAUGCCAGGGGGAUGGCUGAGUGCCCAGGUGCCCGUGUGCCCAUCCGGGGUGCCCCAGGGGAGGAGAUGUGAGAAAAAGCAGCUGCCACAAGGCCCAAGCCCAGGCCCCGAUCCCAGAGCCAUCCCCUCACCACGGGGCGCAGAAAAGGAGGGCAGAGCCAGGAGGGGCAGGGUGGGCACCUGGGCUGAAGGGCACAGGAGCAGCCCGAGCCCCCGGCCACCCUCGCUGGCCUCUGACGUGCCCGCUGGCACCAGUGGGGCCCGAGGAAGGGAUGGAUGAGCCCAGGGCUGCAGAGCAGGAGGGGAGCUGUGAGCAGCAGCUCGCUCCAGGCUGGUGCAGCUGGCACCUGAAUUGUCUAAUAAAGUGUGAAAUUGC